AUGUCGUACCUCGGUCCCGCCCAGACGAUGGAGAGCUACGGCAUGAAGAGUGAUGCAUUCACGGACGCCAUCGUUCGCGGCUCCGGCGCGUGGCAGAUGUGCGCGGCGGCCACUAUGGUACUCGACGAGGAGACGAUCCUGGACAAGGCUUUCAUCCCCGUGAUCGCGGCCAUGCUCCUAUACAUCCCCGCCAUUACUGAAGUCAAGGGCGGCAUACCCAAGGAGCCUCUCGUCGCGUGGCUCGGCGUCCACGUGGUCCUCGCGACGCUGGCGGAGUCCGGCAAAGUGAACAAAUGGGUGGCGCCGGCGCUCUACAUCUUCAACGGCGCCCAAGCCUACUUCGCGCCCGAACAAACGUUCAAGCUCUACGGCGGCCCCGCGCUCUCGGCGGAGGGCGUCCACGUGACCCGCGUCUGGGGCACGGCUAUGCUCUGCACCGCCGCUUACCUGUCCGCGCUCGCGAACGGCGACGGCGCGCGCAAGGGCGUCGGCUACGCCUACCUCGUGGCCGCCGGCACCGUUAUCCGCUCAUUCGUGUUCGACACCGACCUCGGCGUUUCGCGUCCCAUCCUGGCCGCAUGGAUCGUCGCCUGCCUCGGCAUCGCGUACCUCGGGCUCAACUAG